AUGCUUGAUCUCUCUAUUCUCAAGUAUGGCGCCAGACUUUCUAAAGAUGCAGCUGAUUCUCUUUGUGCUCAUGUUUCUACAGAAGAGAUUGACAAUAUUGUUAAAGCUUUUGAUGAUUCAAAAGCUCCAGGGCUUGAUGGCUAUAACUCGGUUUUCUUUAAGAAUUCUUGGCAUAUCAUUAAGCAGGAUGUUUACACUACUAUUUUGGAUUUCUUUGCUAAUGGGUUGCAGACAGUGAUUACUGAGGUGGUUUGUGACUGUCAAGAUGGGUUUGUUCCAGGUAGACAUAUUGCUGACAAUAUCCUUCUUGGUACCGAACUGAUUAAGGGAUAUGGCAGAGCUCAUAACUCUCCUAGAUGCAUGAUAAAGGUGGAUCUAAAUAAGGCAUAUGACUCGAUAGAAUGGGGAUUUUUGAAAAUUGUCUUACAGGAGCUGGGUUUUCCUAUGAAAUUCAUGGGAUGGAUUACGGAGUGUCUAGCUACUAUUUCUUACUCGAUUUUGAUCAAUGGAUUUCUGUAG